GUCAUAACACACUAAUUCAAACAGUACUAAAGGGUUCAUAUUUAAAAGGGUGGAAGUUUACUCAGAGAAUAAGAAAAAAAACCAGAGAGAUGGAAGAAGAGUUAAGAAUGACUUUCAGGCGAGCUCAACUGAAAAUGCAAUUUCAAAGAACCAGAAAAGGGGAUCUCGAAACAGUCGAAUCCUAUGUGAAAAAAUUGAAAUCCAUAGCCAAUUCUCUAGCUGAAAUCGACAGUCCAAUAUCAGAUACAGACAUGGUGUUGCAACUUCUUGCUGGUUUGCCUAAUCAAUACUUGCCCCUCAAAAACACAAUACCAUCAAAGUGGCCUCUACCCACUUUUGAAGACGCUUGCUCCAUGGUCUACAUGCAAGAGGACAUAUUAUUAAAGGAUCGUGAGGAGAAAUUCAAAGCUGAUGCUGGUGCAGAGCAAUCGUCUGGUUUUUGUACCGCAGAUACGUUCUUUGCUGUAGUGGAUACAGUGGGUGAUGUUGCUCGUGCAGUUGGUGCAGUAGGUGCUAUCUGUGCUGGAGUUGGUGCAUUGGGUACUGUCGUUGGUGCAGUUAGUACUGUGAAUGCAACCAGGAUAAUUGUAGGUAGUGUAAUAACUGCCGUGGCUGGCUGGAAAAUUUUGCAACGCAAGUAAUUAAUCGGGUUGAUUUCUUGUACGGUCACUUAAUUAAUAGUUAUGUUCGUAUGUGUAAUCAAAAGCCUGAUUUGCUGCUUCUAUUUAAAGUUUGUCUUGAGAUGUAUGAUAUGCAGUUGAAGUUCUACACAAACUUUCCUUUGUGUUUUUUCAA